AUGGCGUACUUGAUUGGAAAGGGUGGCUCACGAGUCAAUCUGAAAAGAAAGUAUCAUUAUCAUUCAACUGAGGGACCCUAGCAAACUCUAGAGUCUUUGCCUACUUUUAAGAUGAGUAAUUUGCAGGAGAGAAAGGCUCAGCAUAUUGAGAUAAGGCUAUAUGAAAAGGGGAUUCAGGGCUUUGAUAUUAUAGAUGAUGGAAUAGGAAUUAGUGAAAACGAGUUUAAAUCAGAUUAUGUUAGAUGCAUGCCAAAGAGAGAAAGAAAUGAGAUCUACAAAACAAGGAGUAUUGGCUAUCGAGGAGAAGCUCUAGAUUCUUUAAGCAGAGCUAGUGAUUUCACAUCAAGAUAACUCGAAAGCUUAACCUAGUUGAAUUCAAUCUAAAAGAUAAGCAGGCAAGGCACUCUAGUUUAAGUGCGAAAUAUUCAUAAGCAGAAUCAGCAAUAUCACUAAAAGUUCAUUAAAAACAAUAUGCAGCAGUACAAUUAGCUUGAGUCAAUCCUUAAGUAAUAUGCAAUGAUACUGUACAAUAAGGAGUUUAAGUUAACAAACUCACCUUUGGCACUUGACAAUACCAGCGAUAAAAUUCUAGAUAAUAUGUCCUUUUUGGAGGAAAAUCUAAGAGGGUUUCUUGACAAGUACUUCAAAAAUCAGUAUCCACAUAUUAACAAGGAACUCGACAUUUAUGAGGACUCACUGAUAAAUAAUUCGAUCAAAAUUAAAACAUAUCUGACUAGACCUGGCUACUCUAAAAAGGGUGAGCUUAAGCAGUUUCAUCUCUUUCUAAAUGAAAGGCCAGUCGAGGGAACCAAAAGGCUAAAAGGAGUAUUUCAGUAACUUUAUAAAGAUUUCAUGAUACCAGAGAAGACGAUCCCAUUUGUAUUUGUUCAUAUUGAGACACAUCAUACCAAUUACGACUUGAAAUUAAUGGCUGAUUAAAGAAAGUUCUUUUUCAAACCUGAAUCAGAAAAACUCAUCUAUGAAAAGCUAAGAUCCUUUUUCCUAUAAAAAUUUAACUAGCUGUGUCCAAAGUACACCGAUGAGCAAAUUAAGUAAUGCAUUAAGCAAUAAGGCAUGUAUGAUGCAAAGUCAAAUUAUAGUUAGAGCUCAGAUGAAUAGCAAAAUUCGGAUCUUGAUGAAAAGCAAAUCUAAAAUUAAAAAAGAAAAAAGAAGUCAAUCAGAAAACUAUAGUCAAUCUAAAUUCAGCCAAAGUAUGGCGAAGAGCUAAAAACAAACGAGGAAUUGAAUGAAGUAAUAUAAGAGAUUUAGGAAUAGGAGGAGUUGUGGGAUAUUUAUAAGACUGACUUCAGCUAGGAUUCUACUCAUAAGGUUAAACUGACUUAGAAUCAUUUAGCGAAAUUUAAGAAAUUUCAAAGCUGCCCAAAUACCUAGAACGUAAAAUAAAAUGAGACUCAAGAUUUAUUAACAGAGACAGAAAUUUCACAGGAUUCAAGGUAAAAUGAAAAUACAGAAAUACUUGUGCAAGAAAAUGAAUUAGAAGUUAAAAAGAUAGUAGAAGGAGUUGAGUUACCUGAAGUUGAAAAUUUAUCACAACUGGCAACCACAGUUACUAUUCCAGGUGAAACCAAUAAUGUUAUAGCUAUCUCUACAACUCGAAGUGAGACUACAAUGACUUUUACAGCUAGGUCUUCAAUAUUAUCAUAACUAGAUUAGGAGGAGCUUAAUGAGCAUUACAACAUAUACAAAAAUGAUAAAACUUUGCAGUUUGGCAUAGAGCAAAUGAUCACUUAUAUCAACUAUUAGAAUUAAAAGGAUACCCUCUAAUUUGACUAGAAUAACAUAGCUUUAUAGGAAAAUUUCAUUGAUCUCGAUCCUUAAGCUGAGUUGAUAAAAAGAGUACAAAAUAAAAAGAAGUAUAGGCCUAGUUUCAUAUUAAGGCUUAAUAGAAGGUACCAGCAGUUGAUUAAUGAAAUGAAUUAUGACAAGUUCAUGCAUGACUUUAAAAACGACGAUAUGAAGAAGAUAUUUGAGAAGAGAGAGUUUAGAAAGCUAAAGACUAUAGGCUAAUUUAAUGAUGGUUUUAUACUUUGCACUCUCAAUAAAAAUGACCUCUUUAUUCUUGAUUAGCAUGCUUGUGAUGAGCGGUAUAAUCUGGAAAGACUCACUGCCAAACUCAAAGUAGAUUCAUAGCCUUUGAUGCAGCCCAUCUUCACUGAUUUAGCUUUGGGAUCAUAUAAUCUUGUCCAGAAGUAUGAAAGGAUAUUUAACAUUUAUGGGUUCAAGUUUGAGAAGCUGGAGAGAGCUUCAUUCCUAAGUAUGAACUCUAAAGAGGAGCUAGUCUGUUUAAAGAUAAGAUCUCUCCCAUAGAGCAAUGACACUUAAUUUGAGGAGUCAGACUUUCAUAAUCUGCUCACUGCUCUUAGAGGUUACGAUUCAGAUCCAGUUUUAUAAUAAAGGUACAAAACUGAGCAGCAACUAACUGAAUUCGUUAUUCCAAGAAAAAUUCAUGCUGUUUUAGCUCUUAGAGCCUGCAGAUCCUCAUUCAUGAUUGGUGAUAAGCUUAAUUCCUAGUAAAUAAGAGACCUCAUCGAUCACUUGUAUAAACUCAAAGAGCCCUGGAUAUGUGCACAUGGCAGACCAACAAUGAGAUAUAUUAUGAAUAUCGAAGACUUAAAAUAAAGAAUAAAGACUUCCAUAAUCUGCUAAAGAUCACCUCCUAAACUACUUGAACUCGAAGUGGAUGAUGAGUGCUUCGAGACUUAGGACAACUAUAAUUGGUUAAAUAGCUAGGCUUAUUGGAAUAAUUAUUGA